ACCUUCGAAUGUCUUAUAAGCAAUACAGGCUUAAACAGCAAUUAAGUUUUUAUAACAAACAAAUCAAAACAAAAAAAUGUGAAGGGAACAAUCCUAGGACAAGAGACAAAGCAAAUGUGCUACCACAAAUUAACAGCUAUGGCAGAGAGUGCACGCGUCUAAGUACGUUAACAAUUUUAAAAAAAACCGUUCGAAAACCAAUAAACAUUUACAUUAAUAAUUUAAAAAAGGCCGGUCGAAAACUAAUAAAUAUUGUGAUUUAGAGUUGUGAAUUAUUUUAAUUGUGAAUUUUAUGAAUAGCAAGUGAUGUUUGAUACGUUCAAAGCGCAAUUUAGAUUAAAAUGGCGUCAAUAUUUAGCAGCAUCGUUAGCAAGCUACGGCAGCCUAUGCACGGGGAUGUCCAUGGGCUGGACGUCCCCCGUGAUGCCUCUCCUCAGCGGACCAGACAGUCCCUUGACAGAAGCACCUUCUCACCAGGAAGAGUCCUGGAUCGGUUCACUCCUGGUGCUGGGCGGUCUGUUCGGUCCCCUCAUCACGGUGCCCCUGUCAAAGCACGUCGGUCGCCGCUGGAUCAUCAUCGCCACUAACCUACCGCUGCUACUUGGUUGGUUAUUAGCUGGUGUAGCUACAACGUUACCAACGUUGUAUGUCGCAAGACUUAUGUGGGGCUGCGCUACGGGAAUGAUGUUCGCCACUAUUCCGCUCUAUAUUGGUGAGAUUGCUGAGGACGCAAAUCGCGGCGCCCUCAGUGCGCUUUUCCUCCUCUUCAUCAACGUUGGCUUCCUCUUAGCGUACGCCAUUGGUCCGUUCACAUCCUACUGGGGCCUCACCGCUGCUGGGGGGAUCUUGUCUCUGUUUUAUGUGCCUUUUACCUGGUUCAUACCUGAGACGCCGUUUUAUCUGGUGUGGAAAGGCCACACAGAAGAAGCCUCAAAGGUGCUCCAAAGCUUACGAGGAACAUCAAAGGAUGCAGUACAAGCAGAGUUGGAUGGACUGCAAGCCAUGGUGGCUCGGGAGUUCAAGGAAGAACCCAGGAUCAAGGACUUAUGGGCUACCAGGGGCAACGUUAAGGCAUUAGGUAUCUGCGUAUUCCUAGCCAUGUUGCUGCAGCUGUCCGGGAUCGACGUUUUGCUGUUCUACAUGGAGGAGCUGCUGAAGAAAGUCGGGACCAAGAUGUCGGCCGCCAACGGGACCAUUCUCAUGGGCUGUGUCCAGGUCAUAACAAGCUGCGUCACUCCACUGGUAGUGGACAGGCUCGGAAGGAAGUUUCUGAUGUGGACCACUUCGCUCGGACUUACCAUUUUCUUAUUCCUGAUCGGAGUGUACGCAGUCCUAGACUUACACUUCAAGGUAGACGUUAGCUCAUUCGCCGCGGCGCCGCUCGUCUGCCUCGUGUUCUACAUGAUUCUAUUCACGCUGGGUGUUGGUCCAGUGCCCUGGAUCCUUGUAGCGGAGAUGUUCCCGGUGCGAACCAAGUGCCUUGCCAGCGGCAUAGCUUCCUUCAUGUGCUGGCUCGCUGGAUUUGUGUGGACCAGGUUCUUCCGCGAAGUAGAAGCAUCGUACGGCAUCUACACGGCGUUCUGGAUCCUGGCCGUGUGCUGCGGGUUCGGGUUCAUAUUCUCCGCGGCCUUUCUGCCAGAGACCAAGGGCAAGACCUUCGAUGAAAUACAGGCGAUGCUUAACAAAUCUAACAAGGAAGAAGAGCCCAAACCAGUUAACGUCUAGAAACGAGUAGAAUUAUAGGAACAUUUUCUAUUUGUAUUGAUUUGACCUUGUUCUAUCCAAAACAAGCUAGCUAUAAAAUAAUUCUUUGGAAGAAUGCAGGUAUGACGAGCUACGCCAUAAAAAAUAAAAAAAUGAUUUGGCGAUACAACUCACGACUAAUUUAAGUUCUUGAAGUUAGAGUUAAUUAGGAAUGCCCUUAUGUAAAAUAAGUCACUAAGUUAGGAAAAUCAUACAUAAACGUACAAGUGUUUGACAGCCGAAGUCCAAUAGUUGAAAAUCUGAUUGUCACCUUUAUUUCUUUCUAUGUAUUAAAAUAACCGGAUAAGUGCGAGCCUGACUCGCCAACCGAGGGUUCCGUACUUUUUAGGAUUUGUUUUUAUAGCGGCAACAGAAUUAUAUCAUCUGUGAAAAUUUAAACUGUCUAUCACGGUUUAUUAGAUAUAGCUUGGUGAUAGACGGACAGACAGACAGACAGACAGGCGGACGGACAGUGGAGUCUUAAUAAUAGGGCCCCGUUUUACGCUUUGUGUACGGAACCCUAAAAAAAUGGUAGCAACUAUUGCGCCAGUGCCGAUCACUCAAGCAUUAAUGUUUUAGAAUUAGGUAUAAGAAAACGUUGUUUUACACUAAGUUAAAAUAAACUUCACAAAACUGUUAUAUUACUUUAAUAAAAACACUUCUUUAUAAUAA